AAUUAGUAUACUGUAUUAAUCUGUUGAAGGUCAGAAGGGUAAACCAGGAGGACUCCGCAUAAUUAUGAUAAUCAAACGAUUACUUGGACUAUAUCAAAAGAGUUAUGAUCGACGACCACUUUUGACGUUAUGUUGCACCAACGGUACUCUUGGCAUCAUAGGUGACGGCUUGGCUCAACGGAUUAAUUAUAAAGAUAGCAAGACGCAUACUGCCAUUCAUAAUCAAUUGCCGCCCAAUUUGCAAAAUGAUGAUCUCCCACCACCAUCUCCUUCUUUUCACUUGGAUUUUGCUCGUAAUGCUCGAUUUGCUCUUUAUAAUUUUUCUGUGGCUCCUUUGGCAGGUUCUUGGUAUAUGUUUCUAGAUCGUUUCUUUCCUCUUCCUAAUACUACUUCAGUGACUCAACAAAAAUCGAUCAAACAAUCAGCUGGUUUGAUAGCACUCAAACGCAUGGCAAUGGAUCAAUCAUUAUUUGCACCGGCAGGAUUAAUCUUAUUUUUUACUACUAUGGGUAUAGCAGAAACAGGGACAUUAGAAGGAGCCAAAGAUAAACUCAAGGAUGCAUUCUUACCAGCAUUGAUCACCAAUUAUAAAAUAUGGCCACUGGUACAAUGGAUUAACUUCAAUUUCAUGCCCCUUCCUUUCCGUUUACCUUUUGUCAGUAGUCUUGGUAUUCUAUGGAACAUCUAUCUCAGUUGGCUUAAUAAUGCUUCCAAACAUCAUCAAGAAGAAAUCCAUCACCCUCAUCAUCAUGUUGAUUCUUCAUAAUAGGUACCUAUUUUUAGUAUUAGAUAUAGAAUAUAU